AUGGGGCCUUCGCGGCCCCUGCCCACUUCCCCCCCCCUCGCCCCUUUUACCCUCCUCCUGCUCGCAGCCACGCUCGCCAUCCACCUCUGCAUCUCGUGGCAGCGAUCCCUGCUGUGCCCCGCCCCGCCACCCGAUCGCGACGGCUCCGCAUCCAGCGACGCGAUCCUCGCCGGCCUGCGAGACGUCGAUCGAAAGCUGGAUGCCCUGCUGGCCGGCCGGAGGGCCGGGGAGGCGUCGGCGGUGACUAAUGUCCUCGUGGGGUUGCGCGGGCAGCUGAAUGCGUUCCUGGGCGAGGUGGAGCGGAGCGUGCCCGAGUGGGGGGGGGAAGGGAGGAUGGCGGUUAAGGGGCAGGGGCUCAGCACGGCGGAGGGGCAGGCGGCGGGGGGCAUGCGGGAGGCGGGCGGACGGGAGCGGGGAGCGCCCGGCGGGAAGGAGAUCCGGAUGUUCAUCGGCGUUUUUAGUGAAACCAAUGGUGCUGACCCAACCAUAAAGGCCGACCAUGGAAAAAGGAGGGAAGCCAUACGUGACACGUGGUUCCCAUCAAGCAAGGAGGAGCUGGACAGGUUGGAGAGGGAGAAGGGGGUUGUCAUGCGCUUUGUCAUCGGCCAGAUCGAUGACCAGAUCCUUGAAGAACAAAUAUCGGAAGAGGCAGCAGAGCAUGGGGAUAUUAUGAGGUUGUCUGUUUUGGAAUCCAGUUCUGGGCUUCCUGAGAAGGCAAAGAACUUCUUCGCAGCUGUCAUGUCUCAGUACAGCCCUGACUGGAUCGCCAAGGUGGAUGAUGACAUGUACCUUAUGGUGGAUCGCCUGUUAUUGGCAUCCAAUCAGUGGGCGAGAAUGCGUGCGGGCUACAUUGGAUGCAUGCAAAACGGCUGGGUUUGGAACGACCUCAGCACACAAUGGUUCGAACCACAGCACCUACUGCUUGGGAGGCAGUACUUCAUGCACGCCUAUGGGACCCUCUAUGUCACUUCUGGAGAGGUUGCCACAAAUGUCAUUGCACGAAACGUGGACAACCUGAGGCUCUUUGCCAGUGAAGAGGUAUCUGUGGGGACGUGGAUGCUGGGGCACAACGUGACAUACUUUGAGGACAUGCGGCUGUGUGUUGAGGAAUGCUCGGACGCAGCCAUUGGCGUCAUGCAGAAGGACUGCAUGGGCCUGUGCAACCCAACCCAGGACAUGCACCUCAUCCACAGGGCCCGGCACUGCCAAGCUGAACCUGAGGACCCACUGCCCUACUUGCAGUCACACCCCAGACACACUGCCUUUGAUGCGAUGAGAGUUUGA